AUGAAGGCGCCCCCGAGAGACCCGAAGCCCCGUUACAGGUUCUUCGGGUACCUGGCGGCGUACCUGUCCGCCAUCUAUGGCCACAGGACGGGCGUGCUGACGCGGAUGCGCGUCAGGGAGGUCCGGGCAGCCAUAGGUGGCGACGACACGGGGUACCUCAUCAAUGUCAUGGAGCACAAGACGGUCCGAAAGUUCGGCACUGCCCAGAUAUACCUCGAGGCCGAGGAGUAUGGGUGGUGCCGGACCUGGCUCCGCCUCCGCGCCAGGACAGUCCCGACCAACGGGUACUUUUUUUCUUCCCUCGGCCGGGGGGAGGCCAAGGACAUGGCCCGAUACUUCCGGGGGGCAUGGUCCGAGAUGGGGCUGAAGGGGGCCCCGUCCAUAAUGGACAUACGGACCGCUGUGUCCACUUUUGUGAGUAUCAAAAACACAAAAGACAUUAAUUCAAUGUGCUUUUUUUUCAUCCGGGAGCUCUUUGUGUGUCUGGCCGUGAAAGAGCCGGAACAGGCUGCUGCUGCUGCUGCCGGGGCUGCUGCUGCUGCCACCACACAGCCCCGGGAGGAAAGAAAAGGAACACCUAGCAAGAGGGUUGCCGCCAUAAACAAAAUGGCUAAAAGAGUGAAGAGGAAGGUCGGCCUGUCCCCCAACGGCCGGAAACGUAGACCCGUGGUGGUCAUGGAGCACAAGACUGUCCGAAUGGGGACCCCCCUGGGUAAGAACGGGAACCCCCUGCUCCCCCUGGGGGCGGUUUUCG